AUGACUUCGAUACGAUUUGACGCAGCGGAAGAAGCGCCGGGCAACGAGGUUCAGGAGACAAACAGUCGGGUUUCGAAGCCGACGAAACGACAACGAUGGGCGACACAGCGCGAGUCGGGCGCCGGGGGCGUGCGGAAACGUGUCUCGAUCAUCGAUCGCUUCCAUAAGCGCUCGGAGAUCAAGGAGGAGAAACGCCAGUCGGGCGCCAGCUUCAUCCCCUCCCUACAAGCCUCGGAACCUGCGUCGGGCAAGGAGCAGAAGGAGCAGCAGCAGCAGCAGCAGCAGCCGCAGAACCGCACCAUCUACUUCAAUACCCCCGUCCCGGAGUCGGAGCGCGACGAGGAGGGUCAUCUCUUGGCUGUCUAUCCCCGAAACAAGAUUCGUACUGCCAAAUAUACCCCCUUGAGUUUCAUUCCCAAGAAUAUCUGGCUCCAGUUCCACAAUAUCGCCAACGACUACUUCCUGUUUGUCAUCAUUCUCAACUUCUUUCCCAUAUUCGGUGCAAAUAAUCCGGGUUUGAACGCCGUCCCGCUGAUCGUGAUCAUCACCGCUACCGCCAUCAAGGAUGCCAUCGAGGAUUGGCGCCGCACCGUCCUCGAUAACGAGCUGAACAACUCCCCCGUCUACCGCUUGAUGAGCUGGCACAACGUGAAUUCCGUCGGCGAUGAGAUCUCGGCCUGGCGCCGCUUCAAAAAGGCCUGUACCCACUCCGCCAUCUACGUCUAUAAGCAGAUCGCCUCCCUCACGGGCAAGGGGAAGACCUUGCCCGCCACCAUCGAAGAUGAACGUCGCGCCUCCUUCAUGACCACCGUCACUCCACGCACCUCGGUCGCCUAUUCCAACCGUGCCUCCAUGUUCUCCCACCGCGGUGGUGGUGGUGGUGGUGGUGGUGUCGACCCCAACGAAGGCGCCAUCCAGAUGACCCCCGUGCCCUCCCCCAACCCGGAGGUCCGCGAAAGUUGGCCCCUCCCUGACGACGGGAUAGUGCCGCAGCCUCGACCCGACGAUAAUAACAAGCCCGCCGCCACCGCUGCCGCCCGGGCCAGCACCAUGUUUCCACAGGUCUCCCCCGGCAGCAUCCUCGACCGCUCGAAGCAGACCUCUGGAACGGCCCGCUUCAAGCGCGACUUUUGGAAGAACAUCGAGGUCGGUGAUUUCGUGCGGAUCUACAGCGGCGACCAGAUCCCCGCGGAUAUCGUCAUCAUGUCAACCUCCGACCCGGACGGCGCCUGUUACGUCGAGACCAAGAAUCUCGACGGUGAGACCAACCUCAAGGUCCGCCAGGCCCUCAACUGCAGCCGCCCGGUCCGACACGCGCGGGACUGUGAAAAGACCGAGUUCACCAUCGACAGCGAGGCGCCCCAUCCCAACCUCUACUCGUACAACGGCGCCAUUCGCUGGGAACAGGCCGACUACCCCGACGGGCCCCGCAAGGAUCGCGUCGAGCCCAUCUCCAUCAACAACCUGCUGCUCCGCGGUUGCUCCCUGCGCAAUACCGAGUGGGUCCUCGGCGUCGUCGUCUUCACCGGCGUCGAGACCAAGAUCAUGCUCAACUCGGGGGAGACCCCGACCAAGAGGGCCCGCCUCUUCACCGACAUGGUCAAGAAUGUCAUCUACAACUUCAUCAUCCUGUUCCUCAUGUGUCUGGUCUCCGGCAUCAUCAACGGGGUCUCCUGGGGCAACAAGGAGGCCUCGCUCGACUUCUUCGACUUUGGCUCCUAUGGCGGCACCCCGCCCGUGACCGGUGUCGUCACCUUCUGGGUGGCCGUCAUCCUCUUCCAGAACUUGGUGCCCAUCUCCCUCUUCAUCUCCCUCGAGAUCGUCCGCACUGUGCAGGCCAUCUUCAUCCACAGCGACGUUCACAUGUACUACGAGAAGCUGGGCAUCGCCUGUGUGCCCAAGACCUGGAACAUCUCCGACGACGUCGGCCAGAUCGAGUACAUCUUCUCCGACAAGACGGGAACCCUGACCCAGAACGUCAUGGAAUUCAAAAAGUGCACCAUCAACGGCGUCUCCUACGGCGAGGCCUACACCGAAGCCCAGUUGGGCAUGCAGCGCCGCGCGGGCAUCAACGUCGACGAAGAGGCCGCCCGCGCCGCCGAGCAGAUCCGCGUCAGUCGCAUCCGGAUGCUCGAGCUCCUCCGCGAGAUGCACAACAACCCUUACCUUCACGAUGACAAGCUGACCUUUGUCUCCCCCGACAUGAUCUCCGACAUGGGCGGCCGAACCGGUGAGGCCCAGCAGGCCGCCAUCGAGCAUUUCAUGCUGGCCCUGGCCGUCUGCCACACCGUCAUCACCGAACAUACCCCGGGCGACCCCCCGCAGAUCGAGUUCAAGGCCCAAUCGCCCGACGAGGCGGCCCUGGUCGCCACGGCCCGCGACUGCGGCUUCACCGUCCUGGGCCGGAGCGGGGAUGACCUGACGGUGAACGUGCUGGGCCAGGAACGGACCUACACCGUGCUCAACACCCUCGAGUUCAACUCCUCACGGAAGCGCAUGAGCGCCAUCAUCCGCAUGCCCGACGGCUCCAUCCGCCUGUUCUGCAAGGGUGCCGACAGCGUGAUCUACUCGCGGCUGGCCCGGGGCCAGCAGCAGGAGCUGCGCAAGUCCACCGCCGAUCACCUGGAGAUGUUUGCCCGCGAGGGCCUCCGGACCCUGUGCAUCGCCGAUCGCGAACUCAGCGAGGAGUACUACCAGACGUGGAGCCGCGAGCACGACGUGGCUGCUGCCGCCAUCUCCGAGCGCGAGGAGAAGCUCGAGAAGGUGGCCAGCGAGAUCGAGCAGGAGCUCAACCUGCUCGGUGGCACCGCCAUCGAGGACCGACUCCAGGAUGGGGUGCCGGACACCAUCUCCCUGCUGGCGGACGCCGGCAUCAAGCUCUGGGUCUUGACGGGCGACAAGGUGGAGACCGCCAUCAACAUCGGCUUUUCCUGCAACCUGCUCACCAACGACAUGGAACUGCUCGUCUUCAACGUGCCCGAGAACGAGCUGGAUCUGGCGGAGAACGAGCUGGACAAGAACCUGCAGAUAUUUGGCCUGACGGGCUCGGACGAGGAACUGAUCGCCGCGCGCAAGGACCACACCGCGCCCGCCCCGACGCACGCGGUGGUCAUCGACGGCGAUACGCUCAAGCUGAUGCUCAGCGACAAGCUGAAACAGAAGUUCCUCCUCCUGUGCAAGCAGUGCAAAUCUGUCCUGUGUUGCCGGGUCAGUCCCGCGCAAAAGGCCGCCGUGGUCAACAUGGUCCGCAACGGGCUCAACAUCAUGGCCCUGUCCAUCGGCGAUGGCGCCAACGACGUCGCCAUGAUCCAGGAGGCCGAUGUCGGCGUCGGCAUUGCAGGCGAGGAGGGCCGUCAGGCCGUCAUGUCCUCCGAUUAUGCCAUCGGCCAAUUCCGCUUCCUCCAACGCCUCGUCCUCGUGCAUGGCCGCUGGUCCUACCGCCGUCUGGGUGAGACCAUCGCCAACUUCUUCUACAAGAACUUGGUCUGGACCUUUGCCCUCUUCUGGUACUCCAUCUACAACAACUUUGACGGCUCCUACCUGUUUGACUACACCUACAUUGUUCUCGUCAAUCUGGCCUUUACCUCUCUGCCGGUCAUCUUCAUGGGCAUCUUUGACCAGGAUGUCGACGACAAGGUCUCCCUGGCCGUCCCGCAAUUGUACAUGCGUGGCAUUGAACGGAAAGAAUGGUCUCAACUGAAGUUUUGGCUGUACAUGGGCGAUGGUCUUUACCAGUCAGCAAUCUGCUUCUUUAUGCCGUAUCUCCUGUAUUCGCCCGCGAAUUUUAUCGAUCCCAAUGGGAGAGAUCUCGGUGACCGCAACCGCAUGGGUGUGUUGGUUGCGACAUGUGCCAUCAUUGCCAGCAACACGUACGUCCUGUUCAACAUGUACCGGUGGGAUUGGUUGUCGGUCUUGAUCAACGCCAUCAGCUCGCUGCUGGUCUUCUUCUGGACGGGUGUGUACACCUGCUUCACUUCUUCGGGCCAGUUCUACCAGGCCGCGCCGCAGGUCUACGGCGCGCUCUCCUUCUGGGCCGUGCUUUUGGUGACGGUGGCGAUCUGCCUGCUCCCUCGUUUCUUCAUCAAGUCCGUCCAGAAGGUCUACUUCCCCCGCGAUGUGGACAUCAUCCGCGAGCUGGUCAGCCUCGGCCACUUCAAGCAUCUCGACCGGUUUGAGGCCUACGUCCCGCCGAAUGCCGGGGUCACCGGCGUCACGGGGGCCAACAACCGCGGCGUGAAUGGCCUGAGCGGCGACUCGGCCACCUCCUCGUCCGAUAUGGGGAAACCUAUCGAGCAGCCCCCCAUCAAACGGGACCACCCGGCGCUCUCGGAAGAGGAACGGCCCAUCUACCCGCCUUCGGUCGCCCCGACGGCCAACACGCACAACCAACGGAGCCAGAACGGCAGCAACGGCACCAACUACACCAGCAGCUUCGAUAUGAACCGCCAUCCGCGGCCGCAGUCGAUCGAGUUCGCGCGGGCGUCGUACGACCGACCGCGUCCGUCGAUGGACCGGGCCCGCCAGAGCUUCGAGGCCAGCAACGACUUCACCUCGGCCGCCAUGCUGAGUCGCAUCGAAUCCUCGCACACCAACCCUCAACCGCCGACUAGUCCGCACGGCCCGCUCAGGGGUCACCGCGACCCUAUCGCCGUUCCGUAA